AGUUAUCUCAGUAAACCGGCCGUAUUAGCAUACUCGUAGAAAUUAUAUAGCCCCGCUGGUAAACAACUCCUAUACUUGCUGCCGUGAGCUGGUUCGUGUAGCAAGGGAUUUGGUUUUGGAGAAAAUGUCGGAUUUGAAGUAUCUGUCAGGCUUCGGCUCCGAGUUCUCAUCAGAGGACCCCCGGCGGCCGGGCGCUCUCCCAGCAGGACGGAACACCCCUCAGCGCUGCGCUUACGGCCUCUACGCUGAGCAACUCUCGGGGUCUGCCUUCACCGCGCCGAGGAAUGAAAACAGACGCACUUGGUUCUACAGAAUCCGCCCAUCUGUUGUGCAUAAGCCCUUCAAGCGUUUGGAUGUCGCCAAACACCUCACCCACAAAUGGGACGAACAGGAGCCUGACCCCAAUCAGUCCCGCUGGCUGCCCUUCGACCUACCAAGCACCCCAGUGGACUUCGUAUCGGGCCUGCACACAGUGUGCGGCGCAGGCGACCCGCGCGCGCGCAACGGUCUCGCCAUACACAUCUACCUGUGUAACAAGAGUAUGGAACGCAGCGCGUUCUAUAGCAGCGAUGGAGACUUCCUUAUAGUUCCCCAACAAGGCAAGCUGCGGAUCACAACGGAGUUCGGCGUCAUGGAGGUGGCUCCCAAUGAGAUCGCUGUAGUUCAGCUGGGCAUGAGGUUUGCUGUCGCCGUCGAUGGGCCUUCAAGGGGCUAUAUCCUGGAGGUAUUCGACGGGCACUUCAAACUGCCAGACUUAGGUCCGAUCGGAGCUAACGGCCUGGCCAACCCGCGCGACUUCCUUACACCAGUCGCUAAAUAUCACGAUGAGGACAAUAUCGAUUUCACGAUAAUCAGCAAAUACCAAGGCGCGCUGUUCGCGGCACAGCAGCGCCACUCGCCGUUCGACGUGGUGGCGUGGCACGGAAACUACGUGCCGUACAAGUACAACCUCGCCGACUUCAUGGUUAUCAACUCUGUUUCGUUCGACCACUGCGACCCGUCAAUAUUCACGGUGCUGACGUGUCCAUCGACGAAGCCCGGGGUCGCUAUUGCAGACUUCGUCAUAUUCCCGCCGCGCUGGUCCGUGCAGGAAGACACUUUCCGCCCUCCAUACUAUCACAGAAACUGCAUGAGUGAGUUUAUGGGGCUGAUCCUAGGCGCUUACGAAGCCAAGGAGGGCGGGUUCAUGCCGGGCGGUGCCUCGCUUCAUUCCACGAUGACGCCGCACGGGCCUGACGCGCAGUGCUUCAACGCUGCCUCACAGGCUGAACUCAAGCCGCAGAAGAUAGCUGUAGGGACUCAGGCCUUCAUGUUCGAGUCGUCACUAAGCUUGGCCAUCACCAAGUGGGGAGCCGAGACCUGUCAGAAGCUGGACGCCAAAUACCACGAGUGCUGGCAAGCUCUGCCUAAACUCUUCUCGGAUAAAGCCAACGUGUAGAAUAAUUUCGUAUAAGAUGAAACGGAGGAAAGGAAACUUAAUUUUACUUUAAGCUUUGACAGUUUUGUAUAACUUUUUUACAAGAGACGAUAAAAAUCCCGUUUUCCGCGCGGGCUGCGGAUUCCUCUGACAUAAUUUAUUAAUUUUAUUAUGGUCAUGUUAUUACGUGUAUUACAAUGUAUUUAAACGUUGGCUUUUUGAUGUAAUUAUGUUUUUUAUACAUGUUAGUAAAUAAAGAUGACGAAUAACGUU